AUCUGACAUGUAUAAACAACCUUUUGUCAUAGGUGUUGCUGGGGGUGCAGCAUCUGGCAAGACAGCAGUUUGUGAUAUGAUCAUUCAACAGCUUCAUGAUCAACGAGUUGUACUUGUUAAUCAGGAUUCCUUUUACCAUAGCUUGUCUGAGGAGGAACUUACACGAGUACAGGAUUUCAACUUUGACCACCCUGAUGCUUUUGAUACUGAGCAAUUGCUGUGCGUUAUGGACAAGUUGAAGCAUGGUGAAGCAGUAGAUAUUCCGAAGUAUGAUUUUAAGACUUACAAGAGUGAUGUGUUAAGAAGGGUGAACCCUUCAGAUGUCAUAAUUUUAGAAGGCAUCCUUGCUUUCCAUGAUCCACGUGUUCGGGAGUUGAUGAAUAUGAAGAUAUUUGUUGACACAGAUGCUGAUGUUCGAUUGGCAAGAAGGAUUAGGCGUGAUACUAAUGAAAAGAGUCGGGAUAUUGGAGCAGUUCUUGAUCAGUAUUCAAAAUUUGUGAAGCCAGCUUUUGAUGACUUUAUUCUUCCAACAAAGAAGUAUGCUGAUAUAAUUAUACCCCGUGGAGGAGAUAAUCAUGUGGCCAUUGAUUUGAUUGUACAGCAUAUUCGCACAAAGCUAGGUCAACAUGACCUGUGUAAAAUAUAUCCAAAUUUAUAUGUCAUUCAAUCAACUUUUCAGAUACGGGGUAUGCAUACGCUGAUACGUGAUUCUCAAACAACAAAGCAUGAUUUUAUAUUUUACUCUGAUCGGUUGAUUCGAUUGGUUGUUGAACAUGGUUUGGGGCAUCUGCCAUUUACAGAAAAACAAGUAGUCACUCCCACUGGUUCAGUAUACACUGGUGUUGAUUUUUGUAAAAGGCUGUGCGGUGUCUCUGUAAUCAGAAGUGGGGAGAGCAUGGAGAAUGCUUUGAGGGCAUGCUGCAAAGGUAUCAAGAUUGGUAAAAUUCUAAUUCACAGGGAAGGCGACAACGGUCAGCAGCUAAUAUAUGAAAAGUUGCCAAAUGAUAUCUCAGACAGGCAUGUGUUACUGUUGGACCCUAUACUUGGCACAGGUAAUUCUGCUGUUCAAGCAAUUUCUUUACUCAUAAGAAAAGGUGUUCCUGAAUCCAACAUUAUAUUUCUUAAUCUCAUAUCUGCUCCUAAAGGUGUGCAUGUUGUAUGCAAAAGUUUUCCAAGAAUAAAGAUAGUAACAUCUGAGAUUGAAAUCGGUUUGAAUGAAGAUUUCCGUGUCAUACCUGGCAUGGGGGAGUUUGGAGAUAGGUACUUUGGAACAGAUGAUGAUGAUGAACAAACGGUGGUUUCUUCACAGUAGUUAUAGUUUGGCAAAAUCCAUGAUAAUUUUUUAUUACUGUGCUGGGGUCUGAAUUUUAGUUCUAAAUCAAUUUUGACACAGUUGGACCUUAGAUCACCCUUAUAUUAUACUCCUUCUGCUUAUUCAAGUUUAUGGAAAAUUUUAUUAUAUUACCUUUUUACUGCA